GUCAGAUCUAUCCCCGACAUUCUCGCACCUCUCAACCCAGCAACAAUGUCCGUCCUCCAAGAGCUCGCAAAAACCCUCAACUACCCUCUCGACCUCGCCCGCGUCCCCUGCUCCGGCCUCAACAAUACAGGCAAAAAAUGCGGAAAUUUCCUUUCAGGAGUCAGCACCAUCAAAGCGCGGGGAAAGCUCGAGACGCUCUCCAAGAUCGAACACACAACUUUCAAUGGACAAACUGCUGAACUCCGAGAUUCCGCUACAUGUACGUUCUGUCCUACGCACCAAGGCGAUGCGAGGGUAGAGGUUAGGAUCAAGCAACUGUUGGAACUUAUGGGGAAGAGUAGUGGCGGUGAACAAAGACGUCAAGUUCCUAAACUCGUUUCUGUGCAAUACGCUACACCGAUACGAGCCCCGGCAGAAUCACGAACUCCUGCUCCUGCUCCUCCCUCGCCAGCAAUAGCGAUCCCCAAAGCACCCGCGAAUCUCGACACCAUGAUCCGGCAAAUCCGUAUCUGGACACAAUACCCGAACCAAAAAGUCGUCGCCUACGUGACUUCCACUCUCGAAAAACUUGUACUUGACGUCCAAACCGGAAUCCGAGAGCUUGAGGCUGAGGAGCGUGCGGCUACGAAGAAGAAACGAUAUGCUGUACCACCAGGUUGGCUGCAAGCUGCAGACGGAAAGUUCGAGAGGGAGGAGGGCUGCGGUAUGACGACCAGAUCCCAGAGGGUGGAUUUCCCGCCAGGUUGGUUGAAGGGCUCGGAUGGGACGUGGGUUGAGGGUGAUGAUUAUUAUGAGAUAUUGUAG